AGAGAGGAAGGGAACAAGAAAACAAAAGGCUCCCUACCCUCAUGUCUUAAGGUUCCUCCAAACAUGGCCUGUGUGUUCGUUCUUCUCUCAGCUAUGAUCCAUUGAGACAGGAGAAGCAAAACUUCUGAGGAUUGACUUGGGAGUGUGGAAGCACAAGGAGAUCUGAAGCAGAAGUAGACCCCCAAAAGUUGAGGCAUGAAUAGAGGAGUGUUUCGGAGCUCUCUGGUGCAGCAGCAGAUGAUGGAGGGAAGUCCAAACUGCUGGAGCACGAACAAUAUGAAGCCACCUCCUGAGCUACCCUUUCCUCUACUGCCUGCCUCUUCUUCCCCUCCGGUCUUCCCGCAGAACCCACAGCCUUCCGAUACCGAGAUCUCACCUUGGCAAGAUAGCCACGACUUGUUGGAGUCAUGGUGCCAGCUAUUGUUAUCUUCCAGGGGAGGACUUGUGGGAGAAGAAGAGAAGUAUGGUUGGACUCCUUUCCAGACCAAGAAGAUGAUGAGUAGUGAUGACCCGCGUGAUGAGGUACUGUUCCCCUCAGCUACUGCGCAUAUAGCUGACAUGAAGCAGGAGUACUGUGGAAGUGGAUAUGUGCAUAGCCAUGGGAACGAAGGGAUCCAGGUCUCUAGAUCUGCAUGGGGUCAAAUCCUACCGGCUUCAUCUCCUAGAUCCUGUAUCACAACCAGUUUCAGCACUAACAUAUUGGACUUCUCGAACAUGGCACGUCGCCAACCAGACAAUUCGUCGGAGUGCAACAGCACAGAAACUGCUCCAAACAAGAAGGCUAGGGUUCAGGGAUCUUUUUCUCCAAAAUCUACUCUCAAGGUGAGGAAGGAGAAGUUAGGGGAUCGAAUAACAGCACUUCACCAGUUAGUCUCCCCCUUCGGAAAGACUGACACUGCGUCUGUAUUGCAAGAAGCCAUUGGCUACAUCAGAUUCCUCCAGAGUCAAAUUGAGGCUCUCAGCUCGCCGUACCUGCAAGGCAGUGCAUCAGGCAACAUGAGGCAGCCUGCACGAGGAAACACGAGCUGUUCAUUAUCUGAAGACCCUGCUCAGUUCUCGGAUGGAGGUGGGAUGAAGAGAAGCGGGCCACAAGAUCAGGAGCGCUGCGAGGAGCCGAAGAAGGACCUCAGGAGUCGAGGGUUGUGCCUGGUGCCGGUCUCCUUCACCAUGCACGUUGGGAGUGACAACGGCGCUGAUUUCUGGGCUCCGGCUCUCGGCGGAGGCUUCUGAUGAGACGAGGCUUGCAGGGUUCUUUGCCUGCCUGGGGACUGCAGGUGGACAUAACAUCACUAGCAGUCACUCUGCUAAGCCUGAAGGCUGAUUGCUAAUGAUGUUAUGGAUGACAGACAUAAAAAUAUUGAGCAUGCCAAGAAGAGAUCAGGUCGUGCAGCAGCAGGUGGCCCUUGUACGCCAUAAACUCAAGACACAAGCUUCUAGGUUUAGGUCUAGAAUGCCAUAUUGGUCUACAUCUUACUGCAGUCUGCUCAGCAUGCAGCUUCUUAAAUGCCUCAAGAUGUAACUAUUUGUUGUUUAGGGUUUCACUUUGUCCUUCUCUA